GUGGUGCGGUGAAUGGAGAAAGUUGGCGCAGCUGCCGGCGGGCGAACCGUGAUCUUCUCUGUGUUUACAUUUUCGCGAUGGCUCCGGACACGAGGUGUUCGAAAAGCUCCUAUUCGAAAUGGGAAGGCGAAAUUGGAUCGCUUUCCAAGGACCUGACUCAAUUCUUGAAGUGCAAUGAGAAGACAGCCGAGAAGUUCCGUCGACUGGCCAAGUGUAUAUAUGAUAGCCUGAGGCCGGAAGACAGGAGCGACAGUUUGAAAUGCGACGGUAAUCUCGACUAUCUCAUAAUUGAAGAUUUCGACGACGAGCAAAUAUGGCAAGAGUUAGAGCUGAGGAAUCAGCCGAUGCUUGCCGCAUCCCUGAAAAGCGUUCCCAAGAUCGGCUCAAGGGUCGAGCUGGAUUUUGGGGUGGACCUCGAAGCCGAGGGUGCGGAUGAUGACGCUGAUGAGGAUGAUAACAUGGACGAAGAUGAAGGUCUCGAGGAGGAGGCAGAGGGAGCUGACGGAGACAGUACCGUCGAUGAUGCAGAGCUGGCAGAAGCAGAGACGAAGCCGGCUAAGAAAUCGGUGACCUGGGCGAAAAUGCCCGUCCGGAAAACCAUCGUCGAUGAUAACUUCUUCAAGCUGGGUAAUCUGGAAGAGUUCCUCGACAAGGAGGACAAGAGAGAGGAGCGCAGGCUCCGGAAACAGAGGAAAGGCUCAGACUCGGAGGAUGGCAGCGACCAGGAAAGCAUUGAUCUCUUUGCGGACAUGGCGAGCGACGACGAGGGCCGUGAAGCUAAAUACGACGACUUUUUCGAUCCGGUUGAACACGACGUAGCUAGCGACGACAUCGACGACGAGUCCAUGGAUGAGAGCGGCCGAGACCUCCCGAAAUCGCAACAGGAGAAAUCGAGUGAAAUCCUGAUGAAAAGAAUCUCGGCCAUCGAGGACAACCGCCUGGCCGAGAAAGAGUGGCAGAUGCGAGGGGAGAUCACGUCCAAGAGCCGACCUGAAAAUUCCCUCAUGGAAGAACAUCUAGAUUUCGAUCAUCAGACUCGUCAGACACCUCAAAUCACUCGGACCUUAACACAAAAACUCGAGGACUGGAUAUGCCAGAGAAUCAAAGAUAAAGCCUGGGACGAUGUCGUGCGGAAAGUCAAGCCCGUCGAGGAAGUGUUCGAAUUCAGGAGGAGGCUCACGCUCGACCAAGAGAAAUCGAAGGUCGGCUUGGCUGAAGUCUAUGAACAAGAGUUCCUAAAAAUGAAAGAGCAGCAGAAAGAGGAGAGUAAUCCCGAACACGAAGAGAUCAAGAAACUCAUGAGUGGUUUGUUCCGUCAACUCGAUGCUUUGAGCAACUACCACUUCAUGCCUCGUCCUGCGCAGCCUGACUUGAAGAUCGUCAAGAAUCUCCCCACGAUAGCUGCAGAAGAAGUGAUACCGGCGACUGUGAGCGACGCUACAAUGUUGGCUCCCGAGGAGGUCAAGAAUAAGCCGAAACGCGAGGUCAUCGCUAAGGACGAGAGGUCGAAGACCGAUAAGAAUCGCGAGAGGAGAUUGAAGAAGAUCACCCAGAAAAAGAAGCAGAAGUUCCAAGAGGAGAAAGAGCGCAAGAAAGCGGAACGUGAUCCUCGUGCUAAAGAGCGUCUAAAGCGGAAACAGGCUUUGGAGGCCCUCAAAAAUUCAACAAAUGUGAAGGUUUUGAAAGCGGGGGGUGUGCGUAAGAAAUUUUCUAUCACGGGAGAGAACGUGAGAAUAAACAAAUAG